CUCUGAUACGUGUCCUACGAGCAUAUGUGACAUUAAAAUGAAAACAAAUAUGAUUUUAAAACUUAUGUUCCUAGUAUCGUUAACGUUUUUCACAGCGUAGGGUGAUGAAGAAAUUUCGAUGAAAGAGUUUGAGAUGACUAUCAAAUUGAUAGAGCAUGAUAUUAAUGGGAUGAAACGGAAAGUCUGGAUCGAACUUCCAGAACAAUUGCAUCGUUUGAAAAAGGUGUUAUCGAAUCGAUCAUUCGUCGAUAAUACUCGAAAUGUGUAUAACGACAGUGCUGGAAAUUGUGAUCCAUCUGUUCAAUGCAUACGGAAUGUUGAUAACCUUCAUGACAGGUUGACAAAAGCGUUUGAAGCUGAAAAGGUCAGAGCAAAAAUAACUGAACAGAACGUUGAACAGUUGAACAUUACUCUGAAUGACUAUUUAGAAAAUGUGGAGAAAAUCAACAUGAACAAUUUGAAAAUCAGUGCGCUAGAAGAUGAACUUUCUAAAUUAGAACGGUCGGAUACGAACAAAGGUCAAAUUAUUUAAACGUUGCAGCUGCGAUUAAAAGAAAUGUACGACGAAAGCAAUGCAUGGAAAGGAAUCCAACUGGAUUCAAAUGAGAACAUAAAAAAGCUGAUCGCCGAUCUCUCUAAUAAACUUGUUGAAGUCAAACCUUCUGUAGAACAAGUGGAACGCAUGCAAAGAAAGCAAUCAUACAAACCAUCUUUCGUCAGCAAAUGGUAUAUGAUGAAAGCUCAAGACAAACAGCUCUCGCAUUUAACUACCGAGCAUGGAUUAGGGGUUUUACCAUAUAAAGUUGACGUUCAAAUUCGUCCUGUUUCAGGUCCCAAUGCCGGCUGGGUAUUUAAAGGUGACAGUGCAAUCCUUAGUGAUGACGACACAAGCAAAUUUUAUGGAGGAAUACUAUACUUCUAUAACGAAGAGAAAGUGGAAUUAAUCGCACCAGUGCAGGCAAAUGAUGGAGACACGGGCGUUAUUAUAAAUACAGGACAGGAAGAUGGAAGACGGUUGGGAAAUAACCACGAAGUAGUGAUAGAGGCAUUUGUUCGUGUAAAGGUUUGGGCUCCUGGCGAUCUUCCUGCUCCUGACUUUCGAUCAGAAUGGCUAACAUUGGAUAUUGAAGAUCCAGCAAAGACGUUCAGAGAAAUUGGACAUUCUUUAGACGAGUAUCCAGGAUUACUUUCUGUCCAGAUUAAGUGCGUGUCCUCAACGAGCUUCCUUAUAUCAGACUGUGUUGGAGUAACGACUAUCCAAACUGGGAAAUGAGAUAACAGAGGGGGUACAUUAUGGUCUUACAACGAUAGAUAUGUUAGGGUGUGGGUAGGACAUGAUAUAAGAGACAAAUACUUGUACAGACUGUUUGGCGGUUUACCUGAUGGAUGGUUCGAUAU